AUGUCCCAUGUGUCAACAGCCUGUGAAGCGCGUCCAAGCUGCUUUGAGGCGAAAUCUGUGAAUGAGGCGCGCGUGGAUUUGUUCCUCCGCGCAAAUGUUCGACCCACGGUACUCCGGAGAGGCUGCACCGCCGGGGGGAGAGAGCCCCAACAGGAGAUCCUCUGGCGGCGGGUGAAGAGCAAGAGAGAACGGAAGCAGCGGGUGAGUAUCACGGGCCGGUCCACCGUGUACCUGCAGGUGGUCGGUGUCCGGGAGCAGAGAACAGUGCUGCGUCACUGUACGUCGUUUCCCGAGUACAACAGAUAUCUGUUCAACUGUGGCGAGGGAACUCAGAGACUCAUGCACGAGCACAAACUGAAAGCUUCCCAUUUGGACAACAUCUUCCUGACCAGGCUGAGCUGGAUGAACGUGGGAGGUUUAUCAGGGAUGAUAUUAACCUUGAAGGACAUCGGUGUGCCAGAGUGUGUUCUCUCUGGACCUCCCCAGCUGGAGAGUUAUCUGGACGCCAUCAGGAUAUUUUCUGGACCUCUGGAAGACAUAAAGCUGUCGGUGCGACCGUACACCGCAGAGCCGUACACGGACGAGACGAUGACGGUUUAUCAAGUGCCGAUAUUUGCCCAGUCGAGAGGCGAUGGCAGAAAUGUCUCCCCCAAAUCGGACAGGAGCCAAAGUCAAAGUCCUCCCUCUCCCAGGAAAGACGACUCUAAGAGCCACGGAGACAGACCCGGAAGUCCAGGUAAAAAAGGAAAUGCAACUACAAAUAUCUCCCCGCUGGUUUCCUUCAUAUGUAAGAUUCACCCAAAGAAAGGAAAUUUCUUAGUCCCUCAAGCCGUCGAGCUGGGUUUGCCUGUAGGUACGGCGGCCAUCGGUCCACUCAUAGCAGCUUUGAAGGGCGGGAAAAGUAUCACGUAUAAUGGGAAAGAGAUCCAACCUGAGCAGGUUUGUACCCCCUCUGAACCCGGAGCAGUCUUUAUCAUCGUCGAGUGUCCGUCUGAGGAGUUCAUCGAAGCCGUUUGCACCAAUCAGCAGCUAAAAAGCUACCAAACAGGAGGAACAGAGGGCAAGGUUGUGUUGGUGGCCCACAUGACUCCAGAUUCUGUUUUGAAAACGGAUCAAUACAAGAAGUGGAUGGAAAGGUUUCCAUCCACAACAGAACACCUGAUCCUCAACGAACACGUCCGUUCGGUCCACAACGUCAGAAGUCACAAGAUUCAAACACAGCUCAACAUGAUCCACCCAGAGAUCUUUCCACAAUUCCGGCCGUACGAAGUCAAGGAGCCUCAGGCCGCCCUGCCUGUCCCCUGCGUCAAAGCCGAGUGUCUCCUCAAGUUCCAGCUCAGACCCGUAAUGGAGUGGCAAAGAGAUGCCAUCCCCUCCUGCAACACUGAGGAGUUUGUAAAAGAGGCUUCUGAGGUCCCAAACUUUCUGGAAGAAGUGGACGAGUGCAAGAAGAUUUGCUUCACUGAUGCUGCGGAGACUUCUGGGGAAAGAGAAAAAUACCCAGAGGUGGUUUUCAUGGGAACGGGAUCGGCUGUUCCAAUGAAGAUCAGAAACGUCAGCGGCACUUUAGUUAAUAUCAGUCCGAGUCAAUCGAUCCUGUUGGACUGCGGAGAGGGAACCUUCGGUCAGCUCUGCAGACACUACGGGGACAAUGUGGACCAAGUUCUGUCCAAGAUCUCGACUGUCUUCAUCUCACACAUGCACGCUGACCACCACACAGGGCUCCUCAUGUUGCUGUACCAGAGGGAACGAGCACUGACUGCGCUGGGAAAGCCGUUCAGCCCCGUCUUCCUGAUGGCUCCCAAUCAGAUCAUGAUCUGGCUCAGCCGGUAUCACAAUGACUGUGAGGAGAUCCUCGACCAUAUCAACUUCAUCUCAAACCACUCUCUGUGUGAAGGCAAAGACAACACAACACAGAACAAGACAGACAACACAGAGAUGUUGAAAACGCUUCUAAAGAACAACGAUCUGGAAAAGUUUCAGACGUGCCUAGUGCAUCACUGUAGGAACGCCUUCGCCUGCAGCUUCACUCACCAUUCAGGCUGGAAACUGGCCUUUUCUGGCGACACCAUGCCCUGCGAAGCCUUCGUGCGCAUCGGAAAGAAUGCAACCUUACUAAUCCACGAGGCCACGCUGGAAGACGGGCUGGAGGAGGAAGCUAAAGAGAAAAGGCACAGAGAAGAAGUGCGCUGGAAGAUCAGACUCAGUAUUUAUGAGCCUCACUCCUUCAGGAGUCACAUGACCCUUUUCUCCAUUUUCCUCUGCGCUCAGAUUCGCUUCGGGGACUUUAAAAUCAUCCCCAGGCUCAUUCCCACGCUUCAAACCCUCUUCGCCACGGAGAUCGGUGAGAUGGAGGAGAAGAGGGAGAAGAGGGAGCGGGAGCAAAAGCACCUGAGAGGGGACUUCUCCGAGUUGGACAGCGAGCCGAGGACGACCGACGCCGGCCGAGUUGCCAAAAGAGACCAGGAGGAGGCGUCGACGCACCAGGUGGAGACGAAGAGACUGAAAACCAUCUGAAGCCAGAGCGACGACUGAUUUCAGCUCAGAGAAAAGAACUUUAACUGAGAGCGUCCUGAGUUGUUUUAUUUAAGUAAAUUUGAGACUUUUAUUUGGCUCGUGUGGUUUCAUGGAAGAAAACGCAUGUAUAUUUCUUUACAUUAGAGUGUACAAAGCUAAUAAAUAUAGGUUGUUUUUCAUUAAACAGAGGUAAUCAAAUGCUAAACCG